AUGUCCUUGACCGCGUCCGCGCAAGGCGGUAUCUCGGAUCCGUCCCUCAUAACGCUGGUCAAUAAGCUUCAAGAUGUCUUCACGACCGUCGGUGUCCAAAACCCUAUCGAUCUUCCCCAAAUAGUGGUGGUUGGGAGUCAGUCGAGUGGAAAGAGUUCCGUGCUGGAAAACAUAGUGGGAAGAGACUUUUUACCUCGAGGCACCGGUAUCGUGACCAGGCGACCACUCGUUCUUCAACUUAUCAACCGUGCGGCGGGGACGCAGACAAAUGGAACGCAGGAUGAGGUAUCUACCGUGACCGACAAGGAGGCAAACGUUGAUGAGUGGGGCGAAUUUCUACAUAUUCCGGGCCAGAAGUUUUAUGACUUCAAUAAGAUUCGAGAUGAGAUUGUCAAGGAGACCGAGGCAAAGACUGGUCGCAACCAGGGCAUCUCUCCCGCGCCCAUCAACUUGCGAAUAUACUCCCCGAACGUCCUUACCCUCACCCUCGUCGAUCUACCCGGUCUCACAAAGGUACCAGUUGGAGACCAACCUAGAGAUAUUGAGAGGCAAAUCAAGGAGAUGGUGCUGAAGCAAAUCAGCAAGCCAAAUGCGAUCAUCCUUGCGGUCACUGGAGCGAACACUGAUUUGGCCAACUCUGAUGGAUUGAAGCUUGCACGAGAAGUCGACCCAGAGGGUCAAAGAACAAUUGGUGUUCUGACAAAGGUCGAUUUGAUGGACGACGGUACCGACGUGGUAGAUAUUUUGGCUGGCCGAAUCAUCCCCCUGCGAUUAGGAUAUGUUCCAGUUGUCAACCGUGGGCAGAGAGAUAUCGACAACAAGAAGGCAAUCACAGCAGCACUGGAAAACGAGAAGAACUUCUUUGAGAACCACAAGGCAUAUCGUAACAAGAGCUCCUACUGCGGAACGCCAUAUUUGGCGAGGAAGCUCAACCUUAUCUUGAUGAUGCACAUUAAGCAAACUCUACCAGAUAUCAAAGCACGCAUAUCAGCCUCGUUACUGAAAUAUACGACAGAACUUCAAGGUUUAGGCGAUUCGAUGCUUGGCAACAGCGCAAAUAUUGUUCUCAAUAUCAUCACAGAAUUCUCAAACGAAUGGAGAACAGUUCUGGAGGGAAACAGCACAGAGCUUUCGAGUGUCGAGCUUUCUGGAGGUGCCAGAAUCAGUUUUGUUUUCCACGAGCUCUACUCCAACGGUGUUAAAGCUGUGGACCCCUUCGAUCAAGUCAGAGAUAUGGACAUUAGGACCAUCCUUUACAACUCCUCUGGAUCCUCGCCCGCUCUUUUCGUCGGUACCACUGCGUUUGAACUCAUAGUUAAGCAACAGAUCAAGCGUCUAGAAGACCCCAGUCUGAAGUGUGUGUCUUUGGUCUAUGACGAGCUUGUUCGAAUCCUCUCUCAACUGCUCAACAAGCAAUUCUUCAGAAGAUAUCCUGGGUUGAAGGAGAAGUUCCAUGCAGUUGUCAUAAGCUUCUUUAAGAAAGUUAUGGAUCCAACAAACAAGUUAGUCAAAGAUCUAGUUGCCAUGGAAGCCUGUUACAUCAAUACCGGGCAUCCCGAUUUCUUGAAUGGCCACAGAGCUAUGGCAAUUGUCAAUGAGAAGCACAGCUCAGCAAAGCCAGUCCAGGUCGACCCUAAGACUGGAAAGCCCAUGCCUGCUUCAGCAACUCCAGUGCGCGCGGCCAGCCCAACCUUGGAUGCUAUGAACGAUCAGAACGGAGGAUUCUUCGGGAGUUUCUUUGCCUCGAGAAAUAAGAAGAAGAUGGCUUCCAUGGAAGCACCACCACCUUCCCUGAAAGCAUCUGGUCAUUUGUCAGAGAGGGAAGGGAUCGAGGUCGAAGUCAUCAAACUCCUCAUCACCUCAUACUACAACAUCGUAAGGAGAACUAUGAUUGACAUGGUACCGAAAGCAAUUAUGUUGAACCUCGUCCAAUUCACAAAAGAUGAGAUGCAAAGGGAGCUCCUCGAGAACAUGUACAGAACCGAUUCGUUAGAUGAACUUCUCAAGGAGAGCGAUUACACCGUCCGACGGAGAAAGGAAUGUCAACAAAUGGUUGAAUCACUAUCACGUGCCAGCGAGAUCACACUUAUCCAGCAUUUUUUGAUACGAUACCUCUUCUGGCCGCUUGUUAAUGACGUGGAAUACAUGAUGGACGGUGAAGGUGAUGAGCGUACGGGGUGUUGGGGGCGUGUAUCCUGGAGGGGGCAUAAGGCGAAUUGGCUCCGAUAG